UUUAAAAAAAAAAAAAAAAAGAAAACCUCUAGAUCUUAAAAGAGGUGCCUCACUGCCUUGAGUUGUGAUUUCUGGAAACGUGAAAUAACUGCGACAAAGAUGGCACCGGUGAGAUUUCCUUCGGGUCUAGAUAAGGCCGUAAAAGCUGACUUAGCAAGAAUACCAGAGGAAGAAAUAGGCAUCGGGGCAAGGCUACUAUCUGUGGAAAGUUCCCUGAUAGAGCUGAAGAGUGUGAUUUGCGAUUUAAAAGCAAAGGUAGAUUUGGUUGAUGACUUGGUGAACCUGGUCAUUAAAGCAGUAAUUGAUAAGGAUCUAAACCAUAUUGACCAGCCAACCAUGGUCUUGAUGGAUGAAGCUACAAAGGCCUUCACUGAAGCGCCGAACGAGGCUCAAUCUCGCGGGAGCCGCCGCGCUGCUGCCAGAAAUGUCGGAGGGCAUCAGGGCAGUUCUAGGGACAUUGCAAGAGAGGAAAUAGGCAUCGAGGCGAGGCUACUAUCUGUGGAGAGUUCACUCGAAGAGCUGAAGAGAAUGAUUUGGGAUUUAAAAGCAAAGGCAAAACUGGUUGAUGACUUGGUGAACCUGGUAAUCAAAGCAGUAAUUGAUAAUGAUUUCAACAUUGAACAGGCAACCAUGGUCAUGAUAGACGAAGCUACAAGGGCCUUCACCGAAGCGCUGAACGAGAGCCGCCCUGUUGUUGGCGGAAGUGGUGGAGGUCAUGAGGACAGUUAUAGCAAGCACAAUUAAUAUUGUGAUACUUUGUUUUAUUUUACUGGUUUCUGGAGUUUGUGAAAAAAUCUUUAAGUGCCAUAAUAUUAUCUAAUAAGUUUCAAUGUAUUGAUCCAACAAUCAAAAUUUUACUGUGAAAAACAUUCCAAAAACCACCCUAGAGUGAUAUGGGAAAGCUAAAUUCACAGUAAAAUGUUGAGUAACAAUAUGCUACUUAAUUAAACCUAUAUAUAUUGAAGGCAUAUAUAACCAAUUCUUUGUGAGGAA